CUAAACCUCAUUAUAUUACUCUAAACAACUCCAAGAAAAACUCAAGACUCAACCCUCAACACAAAAUUAAUCAACCAAAAUGGCAACAACAUCAACUUCCUUCCUUACUUCUUCUCCAAUUCUUCCUUCACUAUUCUCACCAAAAACAAAGUCAUCGUCAAGAGCUUCAAGAACAAAGACGCUGGCAAUGAAAAGAGAAGCACAUGAUCAAAACUACUAUAACGGUCGUCUUGUAGAUGAGAACAUGAUCGUCCUUCGAAAGAGAAUUCAUGAGAUGAAGAUGAUCGAGAGGAAUUACGAGCCUCCAGCUGAAUGGACGAAUUGGGAGAAGAGUCUUUACGCGAAUUAUGACUCGAAUAUUUGUGAAGCAAUGGGAUUCUUGCAGUCCGAGUUGAUGGAUAUAAGACCAAGUUUGGCUUUAGGCAUGGUUGCACUCAUUGCAUUGAGUGUGCCCACUUCAACUGCUGUGGCUUUGUUUCAUUUGGUAGAGUUGGCUAAGGAGGUUUUGGCUGGAUUGCAUAUUUCUUAGAGUCCUCGCUUCCGAUCCUUUAUAUGUACAUUGAUACUACAAGCGUUAACAUAACAUUCUCUAUUCUUUUCAUUCUUUAUUUUACCGUAUUUGGAUGUGUAAUAAGGUCCUGGUUUGGGAAAUGUUAUAAAUAGAAUGGGAACUUUUAUCUUUUAUACAAAAGAAAAUAAUUGUAUUUUUUGAGGAUCAAUUCACAAGUUCCCUUUAACUUCUGGAAUAAUUUACGCGGAGUACUAU